GCAGCUAUGGCUGAGCGGACACCCUUACUCAAUUACCGGCUGUGUACAGUGCCCGAACUCGGCAGUAACACUGCUGCCGGGGCCAGGAAGGAAGCUCAGCAUCCCGCGCCCAAAAAGCUGUCAACUUUCUUUGGAGUGGUUGUUCCCACUCUGCUCUCGAUGUUCAGUGUGGUGGUCUUCCUACGGAUAGGUUUCGUUGUUGGCCAGGCAGGACUGUACCAGAGUAUACUCAUGUACAUUGUGGCAUAUUUCAUCAUAAGCAUGACUGUACUAUCAGUGUGUGCUAUAUCUACUAAUGGAGCACUGGAUGCUGGUGGUGCCUACUAUAUGAUCAGUCGAGCUUUGGGUCCUGAAUUUGGAGGCAGCAUUGGAAUCAUGUUCUUCUUUGCUAAUAUAUGUGGAAGUGCUCUCUAUGUCUUGGGACUUGUUGAGUCCAUUGUUGACAUUUUUGGAUUGUCAUCAACAGGGCAAACCACAAGCAGCAUUCAGGUUCUUCCUCAGUCCUACUGGUACGAACUUCUCUAUGGCACAGUGAUUCUGAUUUUCUGCCUCCUUGUGUGCUUAGUUGGAGCUGACAUCUAUGCAAAAGCCUCCUUCAUAAUUUUUCUUAUUGUUAUUCUGGUACUUGGCACAAUAUUCAUCAGUUUUUUUGCAGUGUCACCAAAAUCUAUUAACAUCACAACGUCUUUGGGAAACAUCUCAGAGGCUUCAUUCACUGGAUUUAAGCUGUCAACUCUGAAGAGUAAUCUUCCAUCUCAAUAUGUAGAAGACUACACAACUGGUAAGGUGAUGAGUUUUGCUGCUGUCUUUGCAGUAAUGUUCAAUGGGUGCACUGGUAUCAUGGCUGGAUCCAACAUGUCAGGUGAUUUAAAGAACCCCAGCUAUUCUAUUCCCCGAGGCACUAUUACAGCAGUAAUCUUUACAUACAUCGUAUAUAAUAUUUUAUCGCUCAUGAUCAGCUGCACUUGUGAGAGAUUGCUGCUUCAAAAAGAUUAUGAUUUCCUCAAAGACAUUAAUAUCUGGCAUCCCUUUGUCAUCAUUGGAAUCUACUCUUCAACUUUAUCCGCUGCGAUGAGCAAUCUGAUUGGAGCUUCUAGAAUUCUCUAUGCACUCGCGAAGGACGAUAUAUUUGGAAAGCUUCUCAUGCCUGCAAAGAAAACUUCUCGUGGUGGAAAUCCUUGGGCUGCUGUGUUAAUUUCAUGGGUAUCAGUACAGCUUGUGUUGUUCACUGGCAAAUUGAAUACUAUUGCUGGGAUAGUGACCAUCUUUUUUCUCUUGGUCUAUGCUGCUGUGGAUCUAGCCUGUCUGGCAUUGGAGUGGGCUUCUGCACCAAAUUUCAGGCCAACCUUUCGCUACUUCACCUGGCAUACUUGUGUGUUAGGCAUCAUUGGCUGUGGGAUUAUGAUGUUCCUGAUUAGCCCAAUAUAUGCGUCAUGCAGUGUUGCAUUCAUGCUGAUACUGUUGCUGGUUCUUCACUAUGUAUCACCUUCAAGCAGCUGGGGUUACAUCAGCCAAGCUCUGAUCUUCCACCAGGUUAGAAAGUAUCUUCUGAUGCUAGAUGUUCGUAAAGAUCAUGUCAAAUUCUGGCGCCCACAAAUUCUGCUGAUGGUAGCCAAUCCCAGAACAUGUACUCAAUUGAUAAGUUUCACAAAUGACCUAAAGAAGAGUGGACUGUAUGUGCUGGGUCAUGUACAGAAAGGAAAUUUGGAUGAGAUGCCUUCUGACCCUCUUCAAGCACAAUAUGAUUCCUGGCUAAGUUUAGUUGAUGCAUUGAAUGUAAAAUCAUUUGUCAGCCUUACGCUCUCUGACUCAGUACGUCAUGGAGUUCAACAUCUUUUAUUCAUCUCUGGUCUAGGUGGAAUGAGACCCAAUACUCUUAUCCUGGGUUUUUAUGAUGACUGUAUUCCCGAGGAUGGUUUGGAACAAAUUCCAGCAUUUUCAUGUAAUAGCCCUUCUAUCACAAACGGACAAGAUUGCAACUUGCAGCCUAACUUUCCACCAGCCAGAGAUGCUUCGUCAUCAAAGGCACUGUCAGGCAAAGAGUAUGUGGCCAUUAUUUCUGAUUCCAUCAAAAUGUUAAAAAAUGUGUGUUUAGCCCGAUACUUCUGCCAGCUAAACAAAGCAGAACUGUUUGGUCGCAAGAAUUAUGAGGUCUCCAUUGAUGUGUGGCCACUCAAUCCACUUCGCCCUGACAGUGCUAAUUAUGUUGAUACUUGCAGCCUAUUUCUAUUACAAAUGGCAUGCAUUCUUAACAUGGUACGCUCCUGGAAAUCAGCCAAACUGCGUAUUUUUCUGUGUGUUGAAUCUGGAAACAGUUCUGGGGAGCAGGAAAAAAAACUAAAACAACUUUUAAAACAGCUGCGUAUCAAAGGUUCGAUUAAAACUCUGCAUUGGGAUAGUGUUACUGCCCUUCACUGGCACAAACAGAUAGUUCAUGAAGAUGGCUGUGAGGGUAGUUUUGCAAAUAACUUCCCAUCAAAUGCAAUGAAAAUCUCUGACGACUAUUUGAUGGCAGUAAACAGGAUGAUUUUAGAGCAGGGUGCCAAUCCAGCUAUCCGAUUUCUGUAUCUGCCACGACCUCCUGCUAAUACUGCACUGCAUGAAAGAUAUCUGGAGCAGCUUGACAUAAUGACCAAAAACCUAGGUCCAACUCUGUUAAUUCACGGAAUUAGUGCAGUCACCAGUAUAGAUCUUUAGAUUGAUUGAUUGCGGACAUUAAGAACACUAACGUAUGUUGUAGUUACGUUGCUCAUAGAGGUAUAAAGGAAAAGUUUGUUACAAUGAAAACAGCCAAUUUUUACGACAGAUCACACUUGAACAAAAGCAUUAGCUAUGAUGCUGAUGGUUCUGCUUUUGGUGCAAUGUUUCUUUUUCCCUUAUUUUUAUCAUUAUUCCCAAUAUAAGGCAAAGAUGUUGAGUUGUUGCUCUAUCCAUCUGCCUUGAUUUAAACUUUCACAGGAUGUCAAUGUGUCAGCAAGGUGAGCAUUUGUUGGCCUUCCUCAAUUGCGUCUUGCUAUACCAUUUCAGAGGGCAUUUUUGAGGGUCAACCACAUUAUUGUGGACUUGAAGUUACAUGGAGAACAGACUAUGUAAAGAUUGCCGAUUUCUUUCCCUAAAGGACAUUAGUGGGCCAGUUAUUUUUUAAAAAAACAAUUGACAAUAAUUCUAUGGUUACCAUGACUGUGAUUAACUUUUGGUUCUAGAUUUAUUAAUUGAAUUCAAAUUCCACCAGACAGCAUGAUGGGAUAUGCACUCAUGUCCUCAGAUCUGAAUAGAUUGGGACCAGCAAAUUUCCCAUGACACAACCACUUCCCCUGUAAACUUGUCAUCGAAGUAAUGCUUCACCAGAUUUGAGAAGCCUUUGAAGCAUUGAAUUAUUGUGAAAAUGGGCACUUGGAACUGUCAGUACAUCUGAGUUAUGAAGUAAUGGUUCUGUUCCACCUCCUGAAUAUGCAGCAAAAGAAAAAUCAGCAGCUUUUAUUCAGUUUUCUCAAGUGCUUGACCUCAAAUGUUGGGUUCAAAUAUAGACCAUUCCCCUCCUACAAAUGUGUGAUUUUGUUAACGAUAAUCUGAAAUAAUUAGUUGGGUUUUUGCUCCAUUUACAGGUAACUUGCUGCACUCUGACAGGAUGUAUAAUAGAAAUCAUGAUGUGAAUAUUUUAUGAUCUGAGAAAUGUUAAGUUUAUUAUUUGGAAAAUGGAUAAAUAUUUGGUAUGAAUUCAAAGCACAUAUUUAACUGUGUAAACA